AUCGUCUUCAUUAAAUCGCACAAAAAAAAUCUUCAUCAGAUCGAACACAAACUCUCCGGCCGUUUGAUCCUCUCUUUACAGCCGGCGGCGAAGCGUGAAAAUGGAUGCUCUGGAUUCGGUGUUCGAUCCGCUGAGAGACUUCGCCAAGGAUAGCGUCCGUCUAGUCAAGAGGUGCCACAAGCCCGACCGCAAAGAAUUCUCGAAAGUGGCUGUUCGUACUGCGAUCGGAUUCGUGGUGAUGGGAUUUGUAGGGUUCUUCGUCAAGCUGAUCUUCAUUCCCAUCAACAACAUCAUCGUCGGAACUUUGUGAUUCUGGUCUUCGAUGGCAUUCACUAGUAUGGGGAACUUCCAUUGUUGCUGCUUUUAUUCUCUUCUGUUUUUCAGGCUAAAAUUUUCCAGGUUUCUGCUCAGUAGUUUACUGUACUUUGCUUGUUGAUGUGUUAGCUACCCUUAAAGUGUAAGCAAUUACCUUUGUUUUGAACUUUUUUUUAUAUUGUACUUUGAUGAUCCACUAAGCCAAUCAAAGGUCUUUUGAAUUUAGUUAAUCAUGGUCCUGAAAUUAAAUAUAUCUGUGCUCU